AUAGAGACCAUAAAACCGGGCGAAGUCUACACAUACAAAGAUGUGAUACAUAUUGGAUACACGGAUCUGCCCUCAAGAUUGCCGACACAGGCGUCGACCCUUUACGCCAAUAAUAUUAGUAAAUUCUUGCUGUCGAUGAGUGAAAAGGAUAACAGUAACUUCGCUAUUGAUCUGAACGAUGAGGUCGUUCGCGGAUCUGUUAUCCUAAGAGAUGGCGAACUCUUAUGGCCUCCGCCGCCACCAAAGGCAGUGCCAGUUGUGGCCGCAAAACAGACUAAACUGGCGAAAGAGCCGCCAAAAGCGUUACUUCCGGCCGACUAUUUUAGAGCUACUUUUAAGGACGCGAUUCUCUAUACAACCGGUUUAGGUUCACUCAUCGGUUUGGGUUCAAUCGCACCCAACGCCGCAUUUACAACAAUGACCACAACUUUGGGUUUAUCGGGUAUUGUCGGCUAUCACACCGUAUGGGGAGUCACUCCCGCUCUUCACUCUCCCCUAAUGUCUGUGACGAAUGCUAUUUCCGGCAUAACAGCCGUUGGGGGUCUGCUAUUGAUGGGCGGAGGUGUGGUUCCCACUACUUUACCGCAAGCGUUGGGCGCAACCGCUCUCACCAUAUCGACCAUCAAUAUCGCCGGCGGUUUUCUCGUCACUCAACGCAUGUUAGAUAUGUUUAAGAGACCCACAGAUCCGCCGGAAUAUAAUUAUUUGUAUGGCAUUCCGGCCGCUGUUUUCACCGGUGGCUACGCGUUGGCCGCACUCAACGGUUUAUCA